CGACGGCGACGUCGAGCCGCAGCUCUACGAGAAGCGGUCGGCGGGCCUCUUCAUGACGCGGCUCGAGCGGGCGUGGAAGGACCCGGCCGUCUCCACGCAGGAGCUCGAGAUGCGCGCAAAGUGCGGCGCCUCCAACAAGCUGCCCGUCUCGCCGGCGGUCGCCCUGACGGCGUACGUGCGCCACUGCAUCACCAAGAUGAACACGUGCAUGGGAUUCUCGGCGCACAUCCCGGGGAUGGGGCGGCAGCCGCUCGGCGCGGGCGAGCAGGAGCGGCACGUGAAGCAGCUCGGCGCUGCGCUCGUCGCCGCCAUCGGACGCGACUUUGCUGCGCCGCACCGCUCGAUUGCCAGCCUGCCGAUCACCGCAAACCUGGUGACGGAGCUCGCGCAGGCGCACCUGCGCGCGUGCGUGCUGUACCAGAACGAGCUGUCGAACGCGCUCGCGCGCGCAAACAUGGAGGGCGAGGAGGCGCGGAGGCAGGAGCGGAUGCGCAUCUGGGGGUACAGCUCAUGAGCAUGAGGGGCCUCUCGGCGGCCUCUCUGCGCGCCUCUCCCCCCGCUCGACCGGUCACGUCCGUCGUGUGGAGGUGCGUUGUGCUGGCUGCUGCAGCCGGUGGCUAGGAAUAGGGUCCCCGGAGGCGCCGGGGACUGGGUCGGGGCGAUCCGGUGCUGGAUGGAAUGACGCUGGUGUGCGAGGUCAGGGUGGCGCCGCGUUUGUUGACUGCGGGUGUCGCCCGUCUGUGCCUUUGAGGUCUCUGAUGUACAAUAGGGCGGAGAGGGAGAUGCGUCCUAUGUUUUUUCCCGUGUAAGCCGUGUUUUACGGCCUCAUGCGCCGACUCUGAUAAUCACUCUCGUAU